AUGGCGGAGUGGUGCAGACUCAAACAGGCGAGGAAGCUGAUCAGCACACUGACCGCUGGAAGUGCCAGCUGGGAUAUUGAGAAGUCAUCACUGAACAUCUUCAGCCUGGCAAGCAGUUACACUCGAGAAGCAGCAGAGCAGGGGAAGUGGCCAGAUGCUGAACGUGUUGUUGAUUCGCGGAUGACUAAGCCAGCGGUUUGA